AUGGCGUUGCCUUCAGAAGAUCGAUCGUGUCACGUUCGUUCAUCAAUUUCCGACGACGCAAUGACAAUUGCUAUUGACCAGUCUUGUCCCCAGUUUGACAUUGCGUCUGUGAAGCCUCUGCAACGAUUGGCGCUGAGUCAACUUGUCCGAGGUGACGAUGUUCUGGCUUGCCUCCCCACCGGGUUUGGGAAGUCACUGAUUUUUCACCUGCUACCCAACGUCUGCAAGGUUUUGCAAACAGUGGGCUAUUCGAGGGCGUUUGCAAUCGACCCUAUUGUUCUCGUCGUGGCGCCGUUGCUGUCUUUGAUGAAAGACCAGGUUGCGUACCUGACCGAGUGCGGUGUUCGUGCUUCUAUGAUAGGUGCCAGCCAAGCUACUGACAAGGAGAUAAAGGCUGGAAAGUUUGAAAUCGUAUUUGGAAGCCCUGAAAUUCUAGUUGGACAGAAAACAUGGCAAUUAGCGCUUCAGGAAGGCGUUUUCCGUGAUCGUGUUGUAGCGAUAGUUGCAGACGAAGUUCAUACGGUUGUUCAGUGGGGCGGCCUUGCUAGACCAGAGCUAUUAGAGGAGGAUGAGGAUGAACCGUUUCAUGUCUGGUGCGGUCUUGUUGGAGAGCUAAGGUCUCUGGUGUGCGCUCCAAUUCUAGCCUUGACAGCAACAGCGUCCAAGGCAACACAAGAAAUCAUUGUGAGUUGUUUAGGAAUGUCUGGCAGAUGCUAUGUGAUUACUAAGAGCCCAGAGCGUGAUAACAUCUUCCUAGCUGUGCAGAGAGUACGUUCUGAUGUUGAAGCUACCUUUGAUUUUUUGCUGAGGCUGGUAAAGUCCAAGCAAAUCAACUGUCCAAGGGUUCUUGUCUACUGCCAAACACAGAGUGUGUGCUCCUUACUGUUUACCCAUUUCCACUAUAAACUAGGUGACAAGUCUUACUGGCCAGAAGGUGAUACAAGGGCACAAAAUCGAGUUGUGGAAAUGUACCAUGCUUGUACUCCAGACAGUAACAAACACAUCAUUUUGCAGUCUCUGAGGAAUGCCAAUGGUGUUUGUAGAGUCGCAUUUGCAACCAAUGCCUUAAGGAUGGGGAUAGAUGUGAAGGGUCUGACAACAGUCAUUCACUAUGGCCCUCCAGCUUACUUGGAAGCGUACAUGCAAGAGAUUGGCAGAGCUGGCAGGGACGGAAGCCAAAGUUUUGCUUAUCUGCUAUAUCAUGGACAUCAGCUGAGACACACAAAUAGAGAAAUGAAGGAGUAUGUCAGCAACACUGAUUAG